CAACAAACAAGCUCAAUCGCCAGACGAGUUUGCAACGAGUAGAAACUCUACGCCAAGUCAUGAGAGAAAAUGGUGUGCAAGCCUUUGUCGUACCAACAGCGGAUGCCCACAAUUCCCAGUACAUUGCUGACUGUGAUGCCAGAAGAGAGUGGCUGUCAGGGCUCAGUGGAUCCUCGGGGACGGCUCUGGUGACAGAAGACCACGCUCUGGUGUGGACAGACGGCCGGUACUUCACGCAGUUCUAUAUUCAAGUGGACACCAGUGUAUGGAGCCUGAUGAGACAGGGAGAGGACUUGUCAAUACAAGGCUGGUUGGAGCAAAACAUGCCCCCCGGCGCUGCGGUGGGAAUCGAUCCCACUACCUACACCAGGACCGCGUGGACUACGUUAUUUAACGCGUUACAGACCCUAAAUGUAACAGUGAAAGCUGUUGAAGAGAACUUGGUUGACAUCACCCGGAACAGACUCAACGACUCACCGCCGGCAAGACCGAACAACCAGCUGGUCGCACUCACUGUAGAGUUUACUGGGAGAAGAUCUGGUGACAAGAUCGCAGAGCUUGUGCAGCAGAUGAGGAAUCAUGGUGCUGCAGCGUUGAUCCUCACAGCACUGGAUGAUGUCGCUUAUACAUUAAAUCUUCGUGGAACCGACAUACCCUACAAUCCAGUUUUCUUUUCCUAUCUUGUCAUCAGGGCUGAUUCCAAUGUCAGUAACGUAAUUCUAUUCUGGGGUACUGACAAUCUAACGACGGAAAUAUCCUCACACUUAUCCUCAGAAGGCACGCAGGUAGAAACGAGACCUUACCUGCAAAUAUUUGAUUACAUCAGAAACAUGGCGAGCGAGCUACCACAAGGCAGUUCCGUCUGGUUAUCGCGUGAUGCAAGUCAUGCAAUCUCAUUAGCUGUCGAAGCGGGAGGCAAUGUAAAUAUACUAUCAACCGUGUCGCCAGUGGCCUUGAUGAAAUGUGUCAAAAACGAUGUGGAACUAAAGGGGUUCAGAUCAGCUCACGUGAAGGACGGUAUUGCAGUUGUGAGGUUCCUGCGCUGGGUACACGAGGCUGUUGAUUCUGGCGUGAAUGUCACGGAGAUCGACAUCGUCGACAAAUUGGAUGAGCUGAGGGGCGAAGAAGACCACUACAGAGGACCCUCGUUUGCCACAAUAGCCGGUGCUGGUGAGAACGGGGCCAUCAUCCAUUACAAACCCUCGCGGGAAGGUCAACAAAGGGUGGUCACCAAGGAAGACAUACUGUUGGUGGAUUCUGGUGGCCAGUAUCUAGAUGGAACCACGGACAUCACCAGAACUCGUCACAUGUCCACUCCUACCCCGAUGCAGCGCCUAACCUUCACCAGAGUACUAAAGGGACAAAUUCUCAUGGGAACUGCAGUCUUCCCCAAGGGUUCUACGGGUAAUCUAUUGGAAACUCUAGCGCGGAAAGCUCUGUGGGAUGUGGGAUUGAAUUAUGCCCACGGUACAGGUCACGGAGUGGGACACUACCUGAACGUCCACGAAGGUCCAUCAGGAAUCCUGAGCGCUUUGAUAGCGACAGAUCCUGGAAUUGUUCCUGGAAUGAUAUUUAGUAACGAGCCGGGGUUCUACGAAGUUGAUGAAUAUGGUAUCAGGCAUGAAGACUUAGUUGAAGUUAUUGAAAUGAACAGGAACGCUGAUCACAUUUAUGCUGAAGGCAUGGUGGGAGACUUUAGUGGCACGGGUGCUGUCGCCUUCUAUACAAUAUCACUGGCACCGCAUCAAACUUCAUGUCUUGAUGUCAACCUGCUCAAUGAUGACGAGAUAAAAUAUAUCAACGCCUACCAUGCGCGGGUGUUGGCAACAUUGGGUCCUAUUCUUAAACAGCGCGAGUUGUAUGAUGACUUUGAUUGGUUGGAACGAGAAUGCGCGCCAAUACAGCGAAGCGCCGCCAUCUUGAUCAAAACCGCGCCACUUUUGAUCUUAUCUUUUGUUAUAUUAUGGUCUUUA